AUGUACAAACCCGCUACUCGUGCAGUCAGAAGCUCUAUGGCUCGUCUGGCCUACUUGGAAGCGAAAGCAACCGGGCGCCCUUUUGCGCCGGAUGACGUCCGUGGCAGCAUUGUUGCAGCAGAGGGCGCGACGCAGUUUAUGGUGAAUCUUGCGAUAGGCCAACCCCCCGUGCAGCAGCUAACGACCAUGGACACGGGGAGCGGCUUGUUCUGGAUCCAAUGCCUGCCUUGCACAAAAUGCUUCGAGCAAUCGAGCCCGCUUUUCAAUCCUUCCAAGUCCUCAACGUACGCGAACUUACCGUGCACUUCUCCUUACUGCACCUACUUGCCUCCGGGCGACAAAUGCGACCCGGUCAACUAUUGUAAAUUCUCUAACCACUACCUCGAUGGAAUCACCGUGAGAGGGCUCUUCGGCAUGGAGACACUAACGCUCGAGACGCCCGACGAGGGGGAAGCGAAGAUCUCGAACAUGGUCAUCGGGUGUGGCCACGACAACGAUGGUUACAAUGACCAGCCUAGUGGGAUCAUGGGGCUUGGCCCUGAGAAUGUGUCUCUGGCUACUAAAAUGGGGUCUAAGUUCUCUUACUGCAUUGGCAGCUUAAAAGACCCUCACUAUGCUCAUAGCCAACUGAUUUUAGGUGAUGAUGCUGUGAUGGAAGGGGACUCGACCCCAUUGGAGGUCUUUAAUUACCUCUACUUCCUAACUUUGGAAGGAAUCAGCGUCGGAGUGAAGAUGCUCGACAUCAACCCUGCAGUGUUCCGGAGGACACCAUCCGGCACGGGUGGCGUUGUCAUCGACUCUGGAACCACGAUCAUCCUCCUAACACAGCAAGCAUUCGAUCCUCUCAGCAACGAGGUCGAGAGGCUGCUGAAUGAGUCUUUUGAGCGGGUCGAGAACCCGUACAGCCCGUCCGACUUGUGCUACAAGGGAAACAUGAGCCGUGACCUCACCGGGUUCCCCGUGGUCGCGCUCCACUUCGCUGGCGGAGCCGAUCUAGGACUAGAUGUGGAGAGCUUUUUUCAUGAGAACGGACCAGGUGAAUUCUGCAUGGCUGUUUCCCCUUCCGGUUCUGACCUCAAGGAGUUGAGUGUGAUUGGAGUGAUGGCUCAACAGAGUUAUAACAUUGGCUAUGACAUUGGAGGGAAGAAAAUUUUCUUCCAGAGAAUUGACUGUGAACUUCUAGAGUAG